AUGAAAAAACUUCAAGACGCCGCUGAAAAGAAGAAACAAGAAGACGAGGCUCAAAAGAAAAGGUGCGAAGAGGAAGCUCUUAAGAAAAAAGAAGAGGCUCUAAAAAAUAAAUGCGAAGCGGAAGCUCAGCAGAAAAAGUGCCAAGAACUUAAGAAAAAGGCGGAAGAGGACGCUCUCAGAAAAAGGUGUGAAAUGAAAAAAAUUCAAGAUGCCGCUGAUAAGAAGAAACAAGAAGAAGAGGCUCUAAAAAAGAAAUGCGAAGAGGAAGCUCAGCAGAAAAAGUGCCAAGAACUCAAGAAAAAGGAGGAAGAGGACGCUCUCAGAAAAGGUGCGAAAUGA